CUCUUCAUUUACUCAAAACACGUGCUCUGUUCUUCUCUGUUUUUUGCAACUAUUACAACAACUAAAACAAACUCCUUUUCUUCCUCAAAUUCCAAAACCCAACUCACGUUUGCACAAAUUCCCUUCCUCCUCCCUUCCAUCAGCUCAACAAUCACGUUCUUACCCAUCUAGGUACUCUCACUUUCCCAUUAAUUUCUGUUUUUUUCAUUUCCCAGAUCUUUAAUUGUCUUAGUUUUUCAAGCAAUUCCUCUCUAAUUUAAGAUCCGAUUAAUUUAACAUAUUAUUGCACCUGGGUUUGGUUUAAUUUUGUUUUGAAUUGGUUUAAAAAGGGGGAAGAAAUGGAUGAUUGUGAUGGUAAAAUUAGGUUAGACAGAUUAUCAAUCGAAGGAUCUAGAGAUACCCAGAUGGAAAAUCGGAUCAAUUCGGGUACCCUUUUGAAUUAUCAGUUUCGUUCAAUGAGCGUUUUGCAGAUUUUGAGAGAAACAGUGAGAAUUCUGAGAUAUAAUUGUGCUGGAUUUAUGGGAAUUGCAGCAUUGCUAAUUUGUCCUGUAUCUGCUGUUCAAUUGUCAAAUAUGUUAGUUGAUCAUACUAUUGUGAGGAGAUUGAGUAUAAGAUUGUUAUUGAUUGGUAGAGCUAGUGGUUUACCUCUUAGUCCUGUUGUUAAGCAAUCUUGUCAAAAGUUUUCGGAAAUGGCUGUUUCGACUGCUGUGUGCUUCUUUUUGUAUAUUACAUUGUCACUUGUAUCGAAAGCGGCUGUUGUGUAUUCUGUUGAUUGUACUUACUCGAAGAAGCAAUUCAAUGUCUCGAAGUUCUGUGUGAUAGUUAGUAAGUUAUGGAGGCGGGUUGUGGUGACCUAUGUAUGGGCUUGUAUGGUGAUUGUUGGGGUUGUUACACUGUUCCUUAUUAUUCUUGUUGCUGUUUGUAAUGUGUUGUUGAUAUUUGGGUUCAUACCGGAUUUAGUUGUCUAUCCAGGUGUGGUUAUCGGGCUUAUUUUCUCGGUAGUGUUUGCAAAUGUAAUUAUUCUUUGCAAUGUUGCGGUUGUGAUCUCGGUUUUGGAGGAUGCUUCUGGGCCUCAGGCAUUAUUGAGGUCUUUUGUUCUGAUUAGGGGUCAGACUCAGGUGGGUCUUCUUAUGUAUUUGGUGUCUACGAUGGGGAUGGCUUUUGUGCAAGGAUUGUUUGAGCAUAGAGUGAAGACUUUGAGCUAUGGUGAUGGUUCAUCUAGGAUAUGGGAAGGGCCUCUUUUGGUGAUCAUGUAUUCCUUUGUAGUGCUUAUUGACUACAUGAUGACUGCAGUUUUCUAUUUUAGCUGCCGGUCUUAUAGUAUGGAAGCAGCAAAUGAGGAAGCUCAGUCAAUUUUGGAAUUGGCUACUGCAACCCCAAAAGCAAACUCUGUUGAUACUGAGAAUCAAGCUAGUUGAAUUUGAAUGCCUAACCAUAAAGAACGUCAAGAGAAUCAAACUUCUUGGGAAGAAGAUGUUGAUGACUCGGGUAGUAGAUGCUAGAGAUGGUUUUGAUUAUUGAAUAUACAGAAUUUGUGAGCUUGAGAUGUCUGGCUCGUCUCUAGGUGACCUAUGAACAUAGUGGAUGAUGCUCUUUACGAAAGAUUUCUACUGCAAAUCAGUAACAUACUGUUCUCGUAGGUAUAAGUUUCGGAGUAUGCAGCAUAUUAUGACUUUUUGGUAACUAAAAUAUAGUUUUCCCCCUUGAUCGAUUUGGUUAUACAUGUAUGUUUUAUUUAUUUGAACCUAAAAAUAAUUCAAUAAAAUCCUAGUCAUCCCCCAACUUUACCUUAA